AUGAUUAACGACGUUGUUCAUUUUGUCGCCAGAUGGCAGAAAGCUCUCGAGGGGGACGAGCGCACAGCUCACGCAGAGUCCCUGUGCGAUUUCACGAUUGAGUGCUUUGAUACUUGUUCUGACGGCACGGCCAUUCUUCGUCAGAACACUAUUUACAAUCUGAUGCAAGAUAUCGACCCGGAGCGCAUCGAAAGAUUGUACUCCUUCUUGACGAAUAGGAAGAACACGAUACACGAGCAAACCCGUAUGCAAGUAGCAAGUAGACUUGCCAAGUAUUCGACACACAGGCAGUCGGCGCUCAAGAUAGCCAUCGACGUCAUGUCAGAUGGCAAGGUGAACCUCGAUUCAACAGGAUGGCUAAGUCUUUGCACCUCCAUACUCCACAUGAAGCCAGAAGAUAUCGAAAAGAACGAGGACUUCUCGGCCGCCGAUGCGUUCAGCAUUCUCUUGGAACAUGGCUUUAGACCUAAUAUGGUCAACUACACGGCUGUGAUCCGAUCGCUCUGCAUCUGUGGCGAAUUCGACAAAGCCUGGAGCGUUUUUGAUAUCAUGAGGCGACAUGAGAUCGAACCAGACCCAGUAUUGUUUGCUACUCUUCUGGACGGCGCAAAGAGGGCAUCCUCGGCAUCGAACAUCCACAAACUCGCGGAGGAUGCUGCCCAGCACAACGCCAUUGACGUCGUUUUCUUAAACGACCUCCUUAUGUCGAUCCUUGGGUUCUCGGAAGAGGAGAGAAAACGAAAAAGGUCAAAUAAGCAACACGUUCAGUCCGUUCCUGCUUUCGGACCCAUGUUGCACUACUACGCUAAAGUUUUCAACUUGGCACCGCUGCAGGCCUUGAUCCCUUUGGAUUUAUCAGCUUAUACCGAGCAGUUUGGUCGAGACAUGCCUGAUGACUGGCAAAUGGCGCGGGAGCUCUUCCCAGCUCUUGACGUGGCCACUUCUGCCGUCCAGAAAAAGCUUCACCCGACUGGCGCGACUUUGAGUAUCAUGUACAUUGCUUUCGCGAAAAACCUGGCGCAACCGAUCAAAUUGAUCUCUCUCUACGCCUACUUCCGACAGUUGAUCCUGAACAAACACCCGAUCGCCGUAAAAUUUGUCCACGAGAAGGGGACUUUUAUAUACGACGUCAUCCUGAAAGCUCUAUUGGAGCGUCCAGGCAUGCAACGUCCGGCGUUGGACAUAAUGGCUGACAUGCUCCGGGAUACCCUCGGAGAAAAGGAGAGCGCCCACAGAGUCGAGAAGCCCGCCACAACUCACCCCCCGCCGAGCAUUUACACUUGGAACAUUCUCCUCGCCGGGUGCCUUUUCAGCCGAGAGAAGGAGUUGGGCAAUAAAAUCGCCCACAUGAUGCGGUCUCGCGGCGUUUCUCCGAAUGCUGUCACUUGGAACACUCUUAUUUCGGGCUACGCGGGCUUGCAGGACGCCAACAGGACCGUCAAGGCGUUGCAGGGGCUCGAGAGCUCUGGCUACGAGGCAGACAUGUACACUAUUAGAGGCUUCUCUCGGCUGGCGAAUAGGGAAAGGGCACUGAAGGCGUUGGAGAAGAAGAUAGAGCUGUCCGAGGUCAAAAGGGCUGCUUUUCGUGCGGCCGAGUUGCGAGAAGGGCUCGCGGUGGAGCAUACGAACUCUGUGCCGCAGGACGAGACAGGAGGCACGACUGAGGAGGAGGAUAAACUUCGCAAGAGGCCAGACAAGCGUCCACGUCAAGGUCGCCAGUCAAUCGCCGAGCUUGACGUGCGUCCAGAUGAUCCCCUCUUAGAGGAUUUCCUCGACAGCAUACCUCUCGACGAAGUAGUGCAGAAACAGGCCCCCGGUUGGAUGAAGAGCGAAGGCGCCGCUCGCCCCUUCAGCUUCAGGUUCAGGCGUAUCGGAUAA